AUGGAUUGGUACCCAAAAGGCGCGAAGACGAAAUCAGAGCCAGGGGAGAGAAAGUUACGUUUUUAUAGGACAGUUUUCUUAGAGAACCAUGUUGACCCGAGGAAAGCAGUUGCCAAUCAUAACUCCAUUUCUUUUUUACAGCUCCGAACCAGUCUUAUGAAAAAGAAUCCAGUUGAAAAGAAAAGAAAAAGUCCUUUGCAAGAUGCAAAAUGGUGGAUUGAAUGUGGAUUGGACAAGGAUGGCAUGCAGUUGAGAUAUAUUAAUGAUUACAAAGAUUUCUCUUCUGAUGACUCUGAUCCAUUUGAUUUGCUGCCUAAACCAGAAGCAGAUAUUCCUGCAUGUAUACAGGAGAAUGUCAUUUCUGAUAAUGGGGAAGAAAAGAGUCCUGAAGCAGAUAUUCCUACAUGUAUACAGGAGAAUGUAAUUUCUGAUAUUGGGGAAGAAAAGAGUCCUGAAGCAGAUAUUCCUAUGCGAGAGGAUGUAAUUUCUGAUAAUGGGGAAGAAAAGAGUCCUGAAGCAGAUAUUCCUACAUGUAUACAGGAGAAUGUCAUUUCUGAUAAUGGGGAAGAAGAGAGUCCUGAAGCAGAUAUUCCUACAUGUAUACAGGAGAAUGUCAUUUCUGAUAAUGGGGAAGAAAAGAGUCCUGAAGCAGAUAUUCCUACACGUAUACAGGAGAAUGUCAUUUCUGAUAUUGGGGAAGAAAAGAGUCCUGAAGCAGAUAUUCCUAUGCGAGAGGAUGUAAUUUCUGAUAAUGGGGAAGAAGAGAGUCCUGAAGCAGAUAUUCCUAUGCGAGAGGAUGUAAUUUCUGAUAAUGGGGAAGAAGAGAGUCCUGAUUUGGCUACUGAACGAAAUGAUACUGAAGAGCCAGCUGUUGAUUUUUGUGUACAAGAAGCCACUGUUUAUAGUCCGGGUGGUACAAUGCCUUUAAAAUGGGAUGUUGGUUUACCAGGGAAAGAGAAUCAUAAAGUGCAUUACUCCAAACCUGGAAGACCAUGUCCAUUUUGUACUGAUAGGAAGCUCCACAAACAGCUGAAAAGGCAUAUCUCAAGGCGACAUAAAGAACUACCAGAAGUCAAACAUGCUUUAUCCUUGCCAAGAAACAGGUUUCGUAAGCAGGGCAUGUAUAAUGUUAAUAUGCACAUGUUAAAAUUUGAGGAGGAUACCCCAGUAUAUUUGUGUGAAAGGGUUAAGCAGAAGAACAACCUGGUGAAAUGCACAGUGUGUAAUGGAUUUUACUCCACAAAGUAUUUUUCACGUCACAAAUCCAAGUGUCGUGUUCUUUGUCAGACAUCUAUAGGAUCCACUCUACAUAUGUGUCCAACAGCAAUUCCUACUCAGUUGUUGGAAAAGAAUGAAGAGGAUCCAGAGUUCACAGAGAAGAUUUUGGCCCGAUUUGAUAUUGAUCUUGUUGGUACCCUCUGUCGUUCUGAUGAUGUUCUGAUCAUGAUUGGCAAACGUCUUUGGGACAAACAGAAGAAAAAAGGGGAUAAAAAGCAAGAAGUGAGGAAAAAUGUCAUGAGUAUCAUGCGAAUUCUAGCACAUUUAUACCUUCAUUUUAAGACAAAGGUGGGUUCAGAAAAAGGUGUUGAAAGUAUUGGUGCCAUGUUCAAGCGCUGUAAUUUUCGAGCCUUGGAAUCUGCUAUUAUAUCCUACGCCUCUCAUGAUUCCUCUGGGGACUCUUCUGGGUCUGAAAUAAAAGCCGGCCUGAAGAAAAACCUGUACUAUCACAUCACUAAAGCUGCUAAGAUCGUCCAUGCAACUUUAUUAAUGGACAGUUGUGAUGAACAGGCAAAGGAGGUUGAACAGUUUUUACAGGUUUUUGAACUCCACAAAAGCUUCCUAUUUGGUGAUGCUGACUACCUCAUCCAGAAAGGGCAACAAACAAGAUUAAGAAAACCAGAAGAAUUGCCUAUGGAGUUGGAAGUUAAGAAACUUCGAAAUUACAUUGUGAAGCGCAUGGAGGAGAUUCUGUCAGACAAAUAUCAGUAUUGGACAGAAGCAAAAUUUGUGGAACUUCGCCGCCUAGCAGUAUCUCGUUUGACAUUAUUUAAUGGGAGGCGUGGUGGUGAACCGAGCAGACUUACUUUAUCAGAAUGGAAGGAUGCUGAAAAUGAAGUUUGGCUAGACAAGAGCAGGCUGCACAGUAUAACAGAUCCUCUGGAGAAGAAAUUGUUAAAAGAGACAAAAAUAGCAUAUCAGUCAGGGAAAGGUAACAACAGACUUGUUUCAAUUCUGAUUACAUCAGAUACUGCUCCUGCCUUGAGAAUUCUUGCGGAUAAAGAAGUGAGGAAUUCAGCUGGUGUGCACCGGGAUAAUCAGUAUCUUUUUGCCCUUACCCAACACUCUGAAUGCCACGUGUCUGGGUGGCAGUGUAUACAGGAUGUAUGUGAGUCAGCAGAAGUCGAUGGGCAAGGACUGAUCGCCAGAAAAAUGCGCCAUAGAGUCAGUACAUUGCACGAACUGUUAGAUGUUCCAUCUGAGGAGAGAAGAUGGUUCUACACCCACAUGGGCCACUCUGAAAGAAUUAAUAGGGAUAUUUACCAGAGCCCACUUGCCAUCAUGGCAGUUACAAAAGUUGGAAAACAGCUCCAUCAAAUGGACCAAGAAGCAGAUAUUCCUAUGAAAGAGGAAUUUAUGAAGAAAUCUGACUUUAGGAAGAAUAGAAGAAAGAAAACAGGAUCAUAUAAACCAGCCAUUCCUGACACUGCAGAAGAUUGGAAUGAGGACACUGAAAGCGACAUUGAGGAAGAGAAGAGAAGAAGCAACAGAAGGGACACAGAAAAUGACACUGAAGAGGAAAAUGACACUGAAGAGGAAAUACCACGAAAAAGCAGAGCAUAUUACCAGUGGAGGGAAGCGGAGGCUGAGGUGGUGAAGAGGAAUUUUGAGCCAUACAUUUCGGAUGUUAUUGUUGGGUUUCCUGGCAAAAUGGAAAUCGAGGAGUUUCUGAAACACAAUCAGUGGCUGACCCACAUCCCUUACCAGACUAUUAAAAGUAAAGUUAUGAAUGAAAAGUACAAACAAAGAAACAGAACAAAGAAGCGAAUGCAAGAAUUGGAAUGGAUAGUUUGA